AUAAUUGACAGGUGCACUGAGUAUCGAUACAAGGUGCGUUUUCAGUGUGAAUAAAGAGUUCCUCGCACAUUUCGAACAUUCUCCUCAUUAUGAGAUAACAACACGAAUUCUUAUCAUAAUCAAAUUGUGUUUUUACUAAAUACUUCACCAAGUUAUUGGCGAAAAUAUGGCUAAAGACGAGGUGGAUGAUCUUCUGCCUGACAAGGACGCAGCGAAGGGCUUUUACGCCAAAUACGAGCCCAAAGAAAUUCUCGGAAGAGGAAUUUCGUCGACGGUGCGGAGAUGCAUUGAGAAGGAGACAGGCAUCGAAUAUGCAGCUAAAAUAAUAGACAUAAGCAAUGAGCCUCAUGAUGGGGCUGAAGGUCACACAAUGAAAGAUGCUACUAUGCAAGAGGUGCAUAUACUGAGAAGAGUUGCUGGUCAUCCCUACAUAAUUGAGCUACAUGACGUGUUCGAAUCGAAUACCUUCAUUUUUCUCAUAUUUGAGCUGUGCAAGAAUGGAGAGCUCUUCGAUUACUUGACGUCUGUUGUCACAUUGUCAGAGAAGAAGACGAGAUAUAUCAUGAGACAGGUCUUCGAGGGGGUGCUACACAUUCAUAAUCAGGGAAUUGUUCACAGAGACCUCAAACCUGAGAAUAUUCUGCUUGAUGAUAAUUUGAAUGUCAAGAUCACGGAUUUUGGAUUCGCCAGAAUGCUCAAGUCAGGGGAUAAAUUGUUUGAUUUAUGUGGAACUCCUGGUUAUCUAGCCCCAGAAGUUCUCAAAUGCAAUAUGUUUGAGAAUGCAGAGGGCUACGGAUACGAAGUAGACAUCUGGGCCUGUGGUGUAAUAAUGUUCACUCUGUUGGUUGGAUGUCCACCAUUCUGGCAUCGCAAGCAGAUGGUGAUGCUGAGGAACAUUAUGGAGGGAAAAUACUCGUUCACCUCGCCCGAGUGGGUUGAUAUCACUGAUGCUCCCAAGGACUUAAUUAGGAAAUUACUCGUUGUUGAAAUCGAGAAGAGAAUUUCGAUAAAAGACGCCUUAGAUCAUCCAUUCUUUCAUACUGUGCUGUGGGAUCAAGAUAUAGCACCACUCAAGCGUUCACUCUCCUCUAAUUCACGACGCCUAAGUAGGAUUUCCCAAUUAGCUUUGGAAUUGAAAGCUAAAUCUUUCAAUGCAAGAAAAAAAUUCCAGCUUGCAAUUCUGACAGUACGUGCUGUGAUACGUAUCAAGAGAUUACACACGACCCCCGAACCCCUGUCCACGUUGGUAGCUCGUGAAGAUCCUUACCGAAUCAAAGUGCUGCGAAAGGUGAUCGAUGGCUGUGCUUUCCGGGUUUAUGGCCACUGGGUGAAGAAAGGCGAGGGACAGAAUCGUGCGGCCCUCUUCGAGAACACCCCUAAAACCGAUUUGAAGCAUCUUUACGUGACAAACUUAAGUAGAUAGCCAAAUUCUCUAGAUGAAUAAUGAUAGGCAAUUCUUCCAAAAGUGUAAUAAUAUCCUGUUAUACAUUGAGAUUGUAUUUUUGGGAAAAAAUUUUAGACAUAAUUUAGAUAUAUUCUCGUACUAAGAUAAAUUUCCUAGUAAAGUGGUAAAAUUAUUUAAUUCGAUUUUAAUUAUUAAUCAAUGCUUAAUUAAUAUUUCGUGAUUUGAAGUUAAUUUUUGUCAAGACGUUUUUUGCGGAAGUCAUUAAGGGCUAUAAAGAAAUACUAAAAAUUUUCUUUGCAUUCGGAUAAGUGGGAUUGAAUUGUUCCUACCACUUCGCUACUGAAUUGUUUAUCUGUUUUCUCUUAAUCGAUAAGUGAGACGCGAGCCAGUGAGGGAAUUGUGUUCUGUACAGAUUGUUGAUAAAUUUCUAUGGAUGAUA